AUGAAGGGCAUCAUUUUAGGAUUAGAGGAAGAGAUGGAGAAGAAGUUGUCUGUGGCUCUCGCGGCGCCGCCCCCUCUUCCUCACCUCGCCUGCCGGCUGCGGCGCUGCGACUGCUGCGGGAAGCCGGGACCAUGUUUUGAUGCUCUUGGUUACCACAACCCUGCCGGUUUCAACUGCCAAGAUGAAACAGAAUUUAGAAAUUUUAUUGUGUGGCUUGAAGACCAGAAAAUCAGACAGUACAAGAUUGAAGACAGAGGGAAUUUAAGAAACAUUCACAGCAGUGAUUGGCCCAAGUUCUUAGAAAAGUAUCUCAAAGAUGUUAACUGUCCUUUCAAGAUUCAAGAUCGACAAGAAGCAAGUGACUGGCUUCUUGGCUUAGUUGUUAGACUCGAAUAUGGAGAUAAUGCUGAAAAAUACAAGGACACAGUUCCUGAUAAUUCAAAAAAUGCUGACAAUGCAGCUAAAACUGCAGAGCCACUGGUCAACUUGGAUGUAAAUAACCCUGAUUUCAAGGCUGGUGUAAUGGCUUUGGCUAAUCUUCAGAUUCAGCGCCAUGAUGAUUACCUGAUAAUGCUAAAGGCAAUUCGAAUUUUGGUUCAGGAGUGCCUGACGCAAGAUGCAGUUGCUAAAGCUCAUCAAACAAAAGAGGGCAUGCCUGUUGCUUUAGACAAGCAUAGUCUUGGUUUUGACAGAGGAGAUGCAGUUCUUAAUGAAGCUGCUCAGAUUCUAUUGCUGCAUAUAGAAGAACUCAGAGAGCUACAGACAAAACUCAAUGAAGCCAUCGUCGCUGUUCAGUCAAUUAUUGCAGAUCCAAAGACAGACCACAGACUGGGCAAAGUUGGAAGAUGA